GUGCGUGAAAAGAGAAGAAGGAGGAAAACCAGGGAUGCAGCGCGCUCCUUAAGGCGCGCAGCCUGAGCAUGGCACUUUCUCGGAUUUACCCCUCUCUCAUUUUCCUGCUGCUUUUCUUUUCCUGCUUGGGACCGGGUCGGGGCGCGCGCAACUACCCUGAUAAUGAAGUUACGUUACUGGACUCGAUGUCUGCUCUCGGGGACCUUGGAUGGGAGGCGUAUCCAGCCGAAGGGUGGGAGGAAAUCAGCGUGAUGGAUGAGCGCAACACGCCCAUGCGCUCAUACCAAGUUUGCAACGUGAUGGAAGCCAACCAGAACAACUGGCUGCGCACUCGCCACAUCGCCCGCCACGGCGCUCAGCGCAUCUACAUCGAGAUCAAGUUUACCCUCCGCGACUGCAACAGCCUUCCUGGAGUCCCCGGAACUUGCAAAGAGACGUUCAACAUGUACUACCACGAGUCGAACAACGACAACCUGUGGUUCAUCAAGGAGAGCCAGUACGUCAAGAUCGACACGAUCGCCGCCGAUGAGAGCUUCACCCAGACCGACGUUGGCGACCGCGUCAUGAAACUGAACACUGAGGUUCGGGAUAUUAGCAACCUGAACAAAAAGGGCUUCUACUUGGCCUUUCAGGAUGUUGGCGCUUGCAUCGCUCUUGUCUCACUACGGGUUUUCUAUAAGAAGUGCCCAGCCGCCGUUCAUAACCUGGCACAUUUCCCAGAUACAGUGACAGGGGGCGACUCAGCACUGGUCGAGGUGCGUGGAUCGUGCGUUAACGACUCGGAGGAGUUCGAGUCCCCGAAGAUGUACUGCAGUGCCGAUGGUGGGUGGCUGGUACCGAUCGGGCGCUGUAUCUGCAAGCCGGGUUUUGAGGAAGGCAAGGACUAUUGCCAGCCUUGCAGACCAGGUACAUACAAGGCCUCGGCCAAAGAUGCCUACUGCACCAAGUGUCCUCCACACAGCUACUCGCAGCAGGAGAAGUCGUCCGAGUGCACGUGUGAGAAGGGCUACUACCGCGCUGACAUGGACCCUCGAUCCAUGGCCUGUACAAGGCCUCCAUCGGCUCCAGAAAAUGGCCUCUCCACCCUAAAUGACACGUCGGUUGCACUGGAGUGGCGUCCUCCCCGAGACGGCGGCGGCCGCAGUGACCUCGCCUACAACGUGCACUGCAGGAAGUGCGCCUCGGACGGCAGGAAGUGCGGCCCAUGUGGAGGCGGAGUGCACUUCACGCCACGGCAGUUCGGCCUCGAUGUGACGAAGGUGCUCGUGUCCGGUUUGCUUCCCAACACCGACUAUGCGUUCAGCAUCGAGGCGAUUAACGGCGUCUCUGACCUGAGUCCGAGUCCAAAACAGCAGCUCACGGUCAAUAUCACCACGGGCCAGACAGUGAGUGUUAUUUUGAAGGAGAGAAAGAGUAAAGACAGCAUCACUCUGGCGUGGCAGGGACCGGACCGACCCUACGGCGUCAUCCUCGAAUAUGAAGUCAUCUAUUACGAAAAGAACCAGCGGGAUCAGAACUACACAGUGCUGAAGACAAAAUCUAACAUGAUGACAGUCGAAGGCUUGAAACCAGGCACCACAUAUGUAUUCAGGGUUCGAGCUCGAACUGAUGGAGGCUAUGGCAGCUAUAGCGGAGAGAUCGAGCUGGAGACAAGCCAGGAAGAUAUGCUGGCUAUCGGAGAUCCGAACCAGUCCACCAUCUUGGCGGUGUCGAUAGCAGGAGGAGUGGUGCUGCUCGUCUUCCUCGUCACCUGCUUCGUCGUGAGCGGAAGACAUUGCGGCUACAUCAAAGCGAAGCAAGAUCCCGACGAGGAGAAGAUGCAGUUUCAGCACGGCAGAGUCAAAUUGCCAGGAAGUAGGACCUACAUCCAUCCACAUACCUACGAGGACCCAAAUCAAGCGGUUCGCGAUUUCGCUAAGGAAAUUGACGCCUCCAGCAUUCGCAUCGAGAGGGUCAUCGGUGCCGGGGAAUUCGGCGAGGUGUGUAGCGGCCGACUGAAGCUGCCGAGCAAGCGAGAGAUCUACGUGGCCAUCAAGAGCCUGAAAGCGGGAUACACCGAGAAGCAGAGGCGUGAUUUCCUGAGCGAGGCGAGCAUCAUGGGCCAGUUCGAUCACCCGAACAUCAUCCGGCUGGAGGGGGUUGUCACCAAAUGCAAGCCGGUGAUGAUCAUAACCGAGUUCAUGGAGAACGGAUCCUUAGAUACUUUCUUAAAGAAACACGAUGGUCAGUUCACCAUUAUCCAGCUGGUUGGAAUGUUGCGCGGAAUUGCCUCCGGGAUGAAGUAUUUAUCAGACAUGAACUACGUCCACCGUGACCUGGCUGCCCGGAACAUCCUAGUUAACAGCAACCUGGUGUGUAAAGUGUCGGAUUUCGGCUUGUCCCGAGUGUUAGAAGACGACCCCGAAGCUGCUUAUACAACACGUGGCGGAAAAAUCCCCAUCCGCUGGACGGCACCAGAGGCCAUCGCGUACAGGAAGUUCACUUCAGCGAGCGACGUGUGGAGCUACGGGAUCGUCAUGUGGGAAGUCAUGUCGUAUGGCGAGCGGCCAUAUUGGGAGAUGUCCAAUCAAGAUGUGAUAAAAGCGAUCGAAGAGGGAUACCGCCUCCCCCCGCCGAUGGAUUGUCCUGUAUCUCUCCACCAGCUGAUGCUGGACUGCUGGCAGAAAGAGCGAGCCGAGAGACCCAAGUUCAGCCAGAUUGUCAACAUGCUAGACAAGCUGAUCCGAAAUCCCAAUGCCCUAAAAGAGCUGACCAACAGUUCCAUAUGGGAAGACCCGAUCACCCCAGAGUUCAGUGUCAACAGUGUAGAUGAGUGGCUGGAUGCUAUAAAGAUGGGCCAGUACAAGGAGAACUUCACCUCUGCUGGCUAUGUCACAUUAGAUUCAAUAAUCUACAUCAGUGUAAGUGAGUUAAGUAAAAUGGGUGUGACCCUCGUUGGGCACCAGAAGAAGAUCCUCGCUAGUGUCCAGAGUCUGCAUGCCCAAGGAAGCCACGUGCAAGUAUAACAGCUCUGGACAAACUGAUAGACAGAUAGACGAGAAACAGCGUGGAAGUAUGGAAUCCAGAACAGUGCUUCACCAUGCCAACCCCCAAAUCCCGGACGUUUGGCUACAGCCCCAGAGCUCACAAUUUGUGCAGCGGAACCAGAGACUGAUUAUCAGUGGAAAAUUCAGACCAGACGGAUAAUGGUCAAACACAAACUCUGAUGAUUUAUGAACAUUAUUAUUGAGAUGUGUACAGUCAUUUGCAUCGUUGUUUCAUGUCAUUUGCUUCUCUUUUGAUUUUCUUUUGAGGUUUGAUUUAGUAUAAAAGGGUGCCUGGGUGGAUUUGGACCUAAGGGUGGUAUAUUUGAAGCUACAUAAUGGGCUCUGAACAAGAUGCCAGACAGGAAGUAUGAUUUGCAACCCUGACUCACAAGAUGACGUUUAUCCAGACUGUUUUAAAAAUAUAUAUAUAUUAAAGUAAUAAUUAUAUGAGAGUAGACUUUCUGGUUGGAUUCCCUAACUGUGGCAAUAGGAAAUUAAGUUUCACCAGCGGAAAUAGGACUAGCAGUCUUCUGGAAAUGUAACGUAAUCUCAGUCUUUGCGUUUCAGAUAACGGUGUUAUCGUAUGAGGAAACACUGCAUUGAGUAGCUCAUUUAUGGCUAAGAUAAGAAUUGUCCCAUACCAUAAUAUCCAGUAGAAAAUGUCAGGGGUUUUGUCUUUGGGCUAGUGCUUGAUAGUUAAUGCUAGUCAUGGUUAUUAAAAUGAAGGAUUGAUCUCCUUCAGUAUUGUGUGUUAAAAAAAACGAGUGAGAAUGUCUCUGUGUGUGGACGUAUAACCUGACAUAUUUUGGGUUUUCAUGGCUGCAGAAAUGCAGAACAUGGCUGUUUGUGUAUGUAAGUUACUGUUGUAUACUUGAUAUAUACAACAUGAUGUCUCUGAGAAAGUUUAAAGACAGAAAAAAAAAUCAAAACCUGCACCAUUUACUUCAUGGCUAACUUGGAGCAUCGAAUCCCAAUUGAUUAAGUAAUCCUGAUUAUGGCAAAAUGUUAGACAUAGAGCAACAAUGCAUGGGGUAUUUUUUUUUUUUUGUUUACCGUUAUGAGGAACACGUGAUAUAUAUUCUUCGCAGGUAGCAAACUGAUGCUUGGGUGGCUAGAUUGGCUCUACAUGUACAGCAUUUUCAGUAUUGGGCCACCAUUGGCAAGCUGGCUGAAAGUUAGCCACUGGAAAGUUGGACUUAAAGACGCCCUUGGUCUUGGUCUUGGAGUUCCAAAUGGAUCUCAAAGUGGCUAAAUGUCUGUCGAAUCUGGUCACCAGGCUAUUUUUGCAACCCAUGACUAGGCAACGGCAUGGCAUAGCUGACCAAGUCAGUUUGCUACCUUGAUGAGCUGUGAGCAUUUACAUUGAACACCAUGUCUUUCACAGUAUGUUCAUUUACAGCGAAACAAGCAACUUCCACUUGUGUAAAAUAGUGUAUAAAAGGUGUCAAAUUCAAACGAGUGAACAAAACGCUGUAGAAUGUUUUUAAUGUACUUUAUUUCAUUUUCUGAAGAAGGAAAAGAAAAUGCAAGCUGUAUCGGUCGGUGGAGCUUGCCGCCUUGGGACAUAACAGAACUCUGGAAUGUAGCAUGGAUGCUAAAGCUUCAUCUUUUAUAAGCAAGUGACAGUGACUGCGGUUCUUUUUUCACUCCAGUGGUGGCUGUAGCUGCUUGACGUUAGAUGCCUUAUUAACUGUGCUGUUUCUUUCUCUUCUUCCUGGUAGAGGCAGUAUCAUGAUGAGAUAUAAUGUACAUAGUAUUUAUCCUAACACCACUGAAAACUGUUUAUGAAUGUCGGCGCGAUACGUCCGGCUUUGUGUUAAUUCACCUUCCAGAGGUUGAUCCGUCUUUCAUUCACAGUAUACAAGCUUGUGUUGGUGCAUGUAACUUUGGGGAAAGGGCGAUCACAGACCUGUUCAUGCUGAUUUCGCUGCAUUUACAACACUACUAUUUUUGUACUAGUUUUAUUAAGUGUCUGUUUUAUUUGAGCAAAUAAACAUCCUAUGUAGGUUCUUAGUAGGUUCUUAAGAAAAGAUUGCUAGCUUUUAAUUUGUCUUUUAAACCGAAUGUUUACCUUUUUAAGUACUAUUGAACCUGACUCAUGACAUUCAAAAUAAUGCUUGGCCAUGACUUAGUCUUGAAAGAGGAUGAGUGUUUGAGUAACACUAGUGGGAACGCCGUACUAAUGAGUUACGGUUAUGAUUUAGAUAAUUUAGUUAAUCAUGACUACGUUUUGCGAGAGACUUACAGUCAUGACUUAAUGUGAGGGAAUGGGACAGCUAAGUUAUGGAGUACAAGGGUACAAGAUAUUUAAGUUACAUUAAUGACAUUCAUGCGAGGGAACAAGGCAGUUAAGUUACAGUCAUGACUUAUUAAUGUGAGGGAACAAGAUAGUUAGGUAACGGUGAUGACUUAUUUUUGUAAGCGAAUGAGACAGUUAAGUUACUGUCAUGACUUACUGUAGUAAUGCGAGGAAAUUAGAUAAUUAAGUUGCUACCAUGACUAGGGAAGAAGAGUUUCAAGUUACUGUUAUGACCUAUUUAUGCGAGGAAAUAAGAUAUUUGAGUUACAAUCAUGACUUAUUUAUGCGAGGGAAUAAGAUAGUUACAUUACAGUCAUGAUGGGAUUGUUAGGGAAUGUCAUAUGUAAGCUGCUGCCAUGACUUUUCGAAUUGUGGCCAUGACUUAUUUAUAUGGGUGAAUGAUGAGAGAGUUAUGUUCAUGACUUAGGUAUGCAAAGGAACAAGAUAAUCAAAUUGAUAAUUCUUUUUGUUACAUAGUAACAGAUCAUUGGGAUGAAUAAAACAUAAACAAAAUUUUUUUAAGCAAGGGAAUGAGUAAAUUAAGUUGUAAACUUGUAUUAUCUUUGCAAAGAAAUAAGAGAAUGAGAUAAUUAACUUGUGAAAACGAUUUAAUAAUGUGAGGAAAUGAGAUAAUUAAGUUAAAAUAAACUUACGAGAAAAAAUAAGAGAAUGAGUUAAUUAGUUCAUGACCACAAUUUAGUAGUGUGAAGGAAUGAGAUAAUUAACCCAUCUACACAAUUUAGCAAGAUGAUGGAAUAAGAUAAUUAUCUCAUUGACACUGUUUACUAAAGCAAGGAAAUGACAUAAUGAUUAAAUCAUGGCAUGAGCCACCAAUUGUCUGUUUGUUUUUAAAGUAGUAAAUUUAUACUAGUUCAUUAGUUAAAAAAAUAGUUUUUUUUUUUUUUUAGUUUCUCUUAA